AUGGACGAAAUGUACUGCCCAGAGCAUGCCACCUGCGGAGUACCAGGGUGCUUCGCCACGCCCGACCGACUGUCCAACAAGACGCUGCCUUGGUAUUGCAACGCUCGCCAGCGUCGUCAAAACUCGCCUUUGUGCGAAGCUCAUGGCGAAGAUGCGAGGGACGAGGCGCCUUCAUACCCGCCGGAAGAGCCGCCGUCCAAUGUGCAUCAAUGCGACGGCGACUGCACCGAGCAUCGACACAGCAACAAGGUCUUUCGGCCGGACAGCUUCUGCCGCCUCCCGGGAUGCAACCGGCUGCUACAGACCAAGGAGGGAGGUGAGAGCGAAUGGUGCGAAAAGCACACUUGCGAGUCAUACUUGUGCCUCCGAAAGCGCUCCGACAAGCAACCUUCCAUGACGACGUGCGAGCGGCACUCUUGCGGCGUCGAGCGCUGCGACCAGGCCGCGCAGGGCCGCUCGACUUUUUGCCGGCGCCACGGGUGCGAGGCCGACAACUGCGGGCAGUACAAGGAGACGCAUAGCUGGUACUGUAAUCAGCACGAGUGCCAGCGCGCGCGGUGUCUGAACAAGGCCGUCCCGGGCACGGAUCACUGCCCGCGGCACCUCGAGGAGGAGCAAGCAAAGAGGCUUGCGGCGGAGAGCAGGAAAAGGGAAGAAGAGAGAAAAGUGACGGAAGAGAAGAAGAAGAAAAAGGAAAGUGAAGGCUACAGGAGGGAGCCGCGCCACUGCUACCAGACAGCGGUGGUCACGCCGCUGGUUAUUGUGGACGAGGAUGGCGUGAGGUCAGAGUACGCGCGGGAGCCGUCGCCAGUGUGCCGGCGUGGAGGGCUGCGAUAUCCGUACCCAGACUGCCUGGACGAUGCCCAUACUGGUCGUGUUCACAGAGGAUAUUACGAUCGGCCCGACACCUCCAAGGUCGUCCUCAGCCCGCAGGAUCGAUUCGCCGAUAUCAUAAUGGCUGCUCUGUGGGCCGGUUCGCUCUACGCCAUACUCAUGAUCUGGACAACCUGCGCACUCAUUGAUCGCUGGAGAGGCCCUUCCGACAAGAUACGAACAGGGCCGGGGUCCGUCUUUGCCGCAUUUGUACUUUCCACGGCAUGGCCUGUUGUCAUGGUGUAUAUUCUGCUGAACAGUUAA